CGUCACUAUCUCCCUCUCUCUCUCCGCCACCGACCUGACAAACUCUCUCUGACAGACAGAUCGACCGACCGUAUGUCCGUCGCUGGAAAAGCGGAUAAAAGUCUUCAUUUACCGGGAACAGCAGCAGCUCCACGAGUCCGGUCGUCUGACGCCCUGAAAGCCGUGUUCUGCUGGACUGGAGCAGCUCGGAUGUUUGGGAAUGUCGGGAAUUAAAACUUCCUGUUGAGCUUUGACGUUAGCCGCCCGGAGCUGCAGUGAAGAAUGUGUGUGUGUUUGUGAGGAUCUGACUGAGGAUGAGCGUGACGUCGUGGUUUCUGGUGAGCAGCUCUGGCACGCGCCACCGUUUGCCCCGAGAGAUGAUCUUUGUGGGUAGAGAAGACUGUGAACUCAUGCUACAGUCGCGCAGUGUGGACAAACAGCACGCUGUGAUCAACUAUGAUGCAUCUACAGAUGAACAUUUGGUCAAAGACUUGGGCAGCCUCAACGGGACCUUCGUAAAUGACCUUCGCAUCCCCGACCAGACGUACAUCAUCCUGAAGUUGUCAGAUGUGAUCCGCUUUGGUUAUGAUUCACACAUAUAUAUCCUGGAGAGAAGCCAACACAAAGUGCCUGAGGAGGCUCUCAAGCAUGAAAAAUACACCAGUCAGCUUCAGCUGGAGACGCUGGAAAACAAGAAGCAGCUUCAGACAGGUGACAGACGGAGAAACUCAGACUCCACACGGGUCAAAUCUGAAAAAUCAGAGCGGAAAAACAUCACAGAUGCACCGAUUUCCAGACCCACACCUCUUUAUGGUCAGCCGUCCUGGUGGGGUGAAGACGAUGAAGAUAAAGCUCAGCGCUGUGAUCCGAGCUCUCAGGAGCAACAUACAGAAAACACGAAGGAAGGGACCAAACAUGAUCUCAGCAUUUCUCCAGACGAUCUUCACGAUGGCCAGAGCAAAUCCAGCUUCAUUCACAAAAAGGAGCCCAGUUAUUUUGAGAUCCCUACUAAGGAGAACCAUCCAAAGGCCAAAAGCACAUUGACUGAGAUGCAGGAGAUUCCCACAAAAGACCCCGACCACAAGCCUCCGUCCGUCUCUCCGGUGGUGCAGGGUCACGCCUCCUUCACCAUUGAGUUUGACGAGCAAACGCCUGGAAAGAUGAAGAUUAAGGACCACAUCUCUAAAAUGUCCAUCCGCCAGCGCAGAAACCCCAGCAAGGAGUCUAUAAGCCGCCUGACGGAGGUGAUGUCUGUGGAGAAUAAAGUGGCUGAUUGGUUGGUGCAGAGCGACACGUCUUUGAGGAGUCUUGAGGAGCCCAGAUCAGAUCAGCUGCUCAACAAGACCUUCAGAGAUGCACACCAUAAUGAAGAUCCAGAUGUGGAAGAACAGGAGGAAAUUCUGUCAGUCUCACACUCAGCUGCACAAAAAACCCCACCACAACAAGAGCCUGUAGAUUAUCCAUCCAAUCAAACGGCAGAUUCAAAGAACCAAUGCAGAACGGACCCCAAACAGGCUUACGUGAUUGAAUUCUUUGAUGAUGCUCAACGCAAAAAGCGCUCGCAGUCUUUCACCAACAACAUCUCCUCUCCAGACUUCCAGUCUGCGCUGAAAAACAAGUUGGACAAACGAAAAGGCACAACUUUGUCAUCCGGACACAAUCCAGCAACACAACAGUUCACGAUUCCCCUCAAAGAUUCAGAUAGUCCACAGAGAGCUGAAUCUCUGCGUCGCGAGACGAGCGAAAUCCGAAUGAGCACUUCUGAAUUCAGCUCUCGCUCUGUGACAAAACCGUUCGGCAGCAUCGGCCGCAGGUCCAAAAUCUCGCAGGAUUUCGCAGCGGAGUUGCUUCGGGUGUCAAAACACAGUGCUGCGUCUUCAUGGGACUCCAAUACAACUUGGGUGAAAACGUCUUCGGCAUUAACGACAAAUAAUGUGGUGCAGGAGAGUCUUUCUCAAUCGCAGAAUCACAUGAUCAGAUCUGAGCGAGUGGAGGAUGGUGAUAAUACUGAGGGCAAACCUCCCAAAGGGCAGGAGGAGGAGGACAGUCUGAGUGAUGCAGGAACAUACACUAUUGAAGCUGAAGGGCCGGAUAGAGACGUUGCGGAGGCGCGGAGCUUGAUUGAUCAGGUGUUUGGUGUUGGAGAAAACAGCCAAACCACAGCAGCAUCAGCAGCAGAUAAGGCUGUAGUUGGUGACUCUGAGGCUCAUGAUAGCCUUCUUGUCAAUGAGAAUAGUUCAGGCCUGAUAAUGGGUCAGUUCCCAUCAGAACAUAGUGCCACAGCCAAGAGUCCUGCGCAGUUACAGUCAAUGACGUCAUUAACACCUGGAGGCACUCGAUGGGUUUCUCGCUGGGCCAGUUUGGCUGAUACCUAUUCAGACUCUGGUCCCGCUUCAGGAAUAUUUGAUGUCCCAACACAGGUUGAUCUUCCCUCCGAAGCUGGUGAAAGGAUAAACAUGCUUAACCGGAGCGCUGACUACUCUGAAAAUAGCCAAAACAGCAGAUCACGACGAGUUCUGCCUCAGGUUCCUUUAAAGGAGAAGAUUGAGACACCUCCACCCAUGAUACACAUCCAACCUGAUCCGUACCUGUCCACUGUGGAGAAGAGUUCACAAGUUCAAAAGCACAAGUGGGAUCCACAGAAACUCAAUGUGCAGGAUGAUCUGGAUCCAGACAGCCUUAGCGAUGCUAGCAAGUCUGAUGACGGAUCUGUCAUUGAACAGUGCAGGAAGACUCCCGAAGUGAACCAGAAGACAUGGAGUCGGCCUUCAAAAACACCAUCCAAUCAAGACGAGGCAAAAGACCAGGAUACACCUCAGAAGUUCUCCACUGCUACGUUAACCCGACAGUAUGGGAAACCAAGCAAGAGCAAUGGUGCACCACCCAAUAUUGGUCAGCCAAGCAAAAAUGACUCUUUUGGAGGAGACAGUUUAGUGUCUAUUGUUAGACAAGAAAGUUACACCAAAGAAAGAGCGAGUGAUGACAUCCAGUUGUCCAGAUUGCCCCAGAUAUCGAGUCAGCCCAUGAGCAAAGAUGUUUUUAAGGGUGUAAACAGUCAAGAUACUCAUUCAUACCUUAAAGACACUGAGGAUGUUCUUGCAUCUCUGGAAGCCAAGAUUCUGGAGCAACAAGUAAACAACGGUCGCUCACAUCCGGAGGACUCUUUCUCUGGAGAAUCCGACACUUCUAGUACUGUCAGUGGCAAAAACCCUUGCGUUUCUGUUCCCAAGAAGCCUAUAGUACUCAAAGGAUUCUUAAAAGGUACCGGUCAGUAUACCAGAGAACCUAAAACCUCAGAAGAUCAGUCUGGGAUGAAGGAGAAGUCAGAUCCAGGCAAGCGUUUUCAGCUCCGUCGAAAUCAUAGUUCUCAAGACUUUGGAAAUGAACAGCAAAGUCCUGCUACACGGCAGUUUCCUGACACUGUCUCAGACCAGGAAUCAAGUUCUUUACCUUAUAAAAAGUACACUAUUCCUCUUCAGAAGGAAGGUACGAGCAAAUCCAAACCUACCGUAACUCGCUCCAAUAGUCUUUCCGCUCCAAGACCAACAAGAGCGUCAAUGCUUCGACGUGGACGUUUGGGUGAAGCCUCUGAUAAUGAAGGUACCGAAACCGAUCGAACGUCUCAGAAUUCCGACGUCAAUCCUUCUGCAAACAAUCGAGUGGCUCAAACAAGCAAGAAACUUUCUCGAUUGGACAUUUUGGCUCUGCCUAGGAAAAGGACGGGAUCUUUUAACACCCCGAGUGACACAGAGUCUUCUUCUGCGAGCCGGACGAGCUUCUCGAACCGCAGCACAGAGUCGAGCAGCUCCGUGCGGAAAGCAUCAGUUCCGGAUCCCAGGGCUCUUCUGCGUAAGGUUACAAAUGCCAUCAGCAGGCAGCCGAUCACUCGCGGACGCUCGAGCAGUGCCAAAUACGCCAGCAGCACCGCCAGCUCCAGGAGGCGUCAGAAGGGUUCAGACUACGCCUCCACCUCGGAGGACGAGUACGAGUCGAACCAAAGCACUCCUAAACACAAACGCUCCCAUCAUUCAGGAGCGCAGCAGAGCCAGCCGGCAGGUCCGGUGAGAGCCAUGCCCAGAUCCAGAGACUCUGAGGGGGAAGGACAGGAGAGCGACGCCUUCCAGAACUGGACGUCUCACAGUGCCGAGAUCGCCAGAUUGAGUCAGGAUCUCGCUAAAGAUUUGGCUAUUUUGGCCCAAGAGAUUCAUGAUGUCGCAGGAGACACUGAGACUCAGAGCGGAUCACAAGAGCAGACGGAGCCCGCCAUAUCCACACAAGAGGAGUUGCGGCAUCAGAUUCCUGAAUCCAGUCUGAAAGUGCAGAAAGAGUCUCCUGGAGCAGUCGAAGAGUCUGAACACACCGCUGAAGAUGAGAAUCAAGCCAAUAGGAGACAAGACGAGGCUGCUGUGAACAGUGUGCUCCUCAAUCCUGUGUCUCAGCUUUCACUCGCCAUCAGGGAAAACACCGAACAGCUCACACACAAAAUCAAGGUUUUGUUUCAUAAUCGGAGAGAUGUUUUGGGUGAAAUCGAGGCAAAGAUCAGUGCAGAGGAUGAUUCUCUAUCUAUGAAAACCUCAAACAAGGAAGUGGCGUCGAUCCUGAAAGAGCUGAGGAGAGUCCAGAAGCAGCUGGAAGUGAUCAACAGCAUCAUGGAUCCGCAGGGGAACCCGGAGCUGAUGCGGACGUUCUCCUCAUCUGCAGCUGCAGCGCGUGGAUCCAGAUCUGCUCUGCGGGACAACAGAUCUGCAGGAGGAGGAGCAGGAGCAACACCCAGAGCCAGACGCAUGUUCAGGAGCACAGACAGAGACGGCUCGAUGGUAUAAGGAGAAGAGCCAAAA